AUGGCGAGCUGCCAGGUGCAGGGCGAACCCGAGCUCUACGGACUGGGCAUCCGAGUCGCCUUCUACAUCCAGUGGUUCGGCGCCAUCGUCGUGGAAUACCUCGAGGUGGCCGACCUGCCCGACAUGCGCCUCGUCGGCCUCCUGUUCUCGGCCGCCGCCUUCGUCGGCCUCGUCAUCCAGCUGUCCAUGGCCGCGCUGCAGCCCGCCGACAUCUACAUUGUCCUCCUCCUGGCCAUGGGCAUCUACCUUCCCCUCGUCCCGCUGUACGCGUGGAAGGCGGUGACCGGCUUCAACCCCUACUGGGACCCGUUCCGGUGGUCGAACGAGCCGAGCCGCGCCUUCAGGGGGCUCGACUUCACCCUGCUCCUGGCGACAACCUCGCUGGCCAUCUGGUACUGGUGCUCGUUCGUACCGGAGAACCCUUGCUCGUCGGGCCAGUACGGCUUUCUCUUUAGCCGCGUGAGCUUGGGGAACAAGGGCUUCAUCGCCUCCAACGCCAUCAUGUACUUCGUCAUCCUGCUUGUCUGCUUGCUCGUCCUCCUGCUCAUGGUCGGUUGGAGAGUGCCCUUUUGGCGCGAGAGACGGAAGAAGCGUCGGGUCAAGAAAUCGCACGUCAUAGUGGUGAAGGAGCUCAGGACGCUGAGCAACAUCGCCGUCGCCGCGACCCUGACGGCCGCCGUCGAGCUCACCGUCUCGUGGAACGACAUCACAAGCGCGAACUACGUGUCCGACGUCGCCCAGGUCCUCCCGCUCCUCGUCAGCGCCGGGUUCCUGGUGCGGGUCCUGUUCCUGCACUUCGCGGGCGUGGACGGGGAGUCGGAGUCGUCCGAGGAGGACAGCGACGAGGGGUCCCGUAGCUACACGACGGAGUCGCCGGGCGGAUUGCCCCCGGCGCCGCCGCCCGCCCAUGCGCGGCGGUAG